ACGAAAUUGCGGCGUUCUGUCUUCGGCUAUAAUCUGCCGGUUACGCACCAUGUUAGGCACCGAGGCGUAGAACUUUAUGCAUGCUUGUUUUUGCAAUCACUCACUUUCUGAAUAAUAACACGGUAUAAAAGCAGAAUGUCAGAGCUAACGAGAGCCGACUUAAAAGAAGCGCUUCAGCAGAAAGGCGUUUCCAUUCCGUCUGGUUCACCAAAGAAGGAAGUACUCGUUCGUCUGUACAGAAAGCACGUUGAAUCUGGACGACGGUCUCGUGCGGAAGACAGUUUGCACGGGUUUUCGAGUGACGAAGAUACGGAGAGCCACUCCCACGGGGACCACGGUGACGUGCCUUUCCGUGUGUCAGAAGAUAUCGCUUCCCUGAGCAAUGACGCUCUGUAUGAAAAGCUGCACAGUCUGGACGAUACAGUUGGGCCUAUUGUAGAUACUACACGCAACCUUUAUGAGAAGCGUCUUCAACGUCUCUUGAAUGGAAGUGUUGCAAGCCCAAAGGUAAAAGAAGAGGAGUUUUCAGGAACAGAAGAAGAGGAUGAGCUAAGAGAAAAUACAGAGGAUGAAGAUGGUGGGACACCUUUACAGACGCACACAAGCACCUUCUUCUCUAACAGAUCACUGAGCUCUAGUGAAACCAUCCAGUCUGAACAUCGGCCAUUUGAAUUCAGUGCCCAAAGUGUACUCUCCAAGACAGGAGCUCCUGUUCAAAUGUCGGUUCGUUCAAGAAGUGGCUUUGGGAUGGCAGGGAGUGCCGUGAAUUCUCUCUCUGCACAAGGCCCCUCAAAUUGUGCUACUGAGGGGCAGCAGAAGUCUCGUGGGUUCUCCUUUGCGGUCAAGGCACUGAUUGUUCUCGCGGUUGUAGCGGUUAACAUUUUUAUUUAUGCCAACCUGGAGUACUUCAAGUCAUCUGCUCCGUCGGUGCCUUCGGUUGUGCAUGAUGAGUGAAUGAGACACUUCACACGUAUCUUUACAUCAUACUUUUACAAGGCACACCAGUUUUGUUCUUAGCAUUCAUGUUACUGUUUUGUCCUGUGAAUAAACUGACUGCCUAUUCUUA